AUGGCUGCCUCCCCGGCUUCGGCCCACUUACUCCUCCUCCACCUCCGCUCCCGCCCCCGUGCCACCGCCUGCCCGACGGUGGCGCCCCCCUCCGCGGGGCCUCGCCGCCGCGGCUGGCGGUGCGCCGCCAUGGGCACCGACCUGCUGGGAGACUUCGGCGCGAGGGACCCCUACGCCGCCGAGAUUGAGAGCAACUUCGCCGAUAAAGUCCUCGGCAACGUCGACACCGAGCACAGGAUCCUCAUCCCCACCGUCUCCGUCCUCUCCCUCGCUCAGCGCAGCUGCGAGCCCGUUCCUCCCUCGCAGCCCCCCAUGCCCCGCGACACCGCCCAGAAACUCCUCAAGAAGGUAAUUAAUCCCAUGCCCGGCGAUUUUCAGAGCUCUCUCGCCGCCGGCCAUGGCUAGGAGGGUUAAUUGCUCAUGUGUUUGCUCUGGUUUUUAUUGUUUUUCUUGCCCAUUUCAGAUCGUCGGGUGGAGGGUGGUGGAGGAGGAAGGAGGAGGGCUGAAGAUCCAGGGGGUGUGGAAGCUGAGGGAUCAGAGCUGCGGGGAGGAGCUCAUCUCCAGGAUCCUCGCCGUGGUGGAGCCGCUGGGUCAUCUCCCCACGCUCCGUCUCGACGAGCCCAACCAAGUCACCGCCGAGCUCUGGACCGCUUCCAUUGGUGGGUUCGAUUCAAAGUCUCCUCCUUUUCUGCCCCCUGUUUCUCGAUAUUAUCCAGUCUUAAGCACAAGAUUAUCCAAUUCAGAGCCUCCGUUGGUGGGCCCAACUCGAGAUUAUCCAGUUUUAAUACUCUCCAUGAACGCCACUUUGCCUUCAGUUCCUGACUUCCAUCAGCUUCCAAGGAGAGGAUAUCAUCUUACCCAAUCCGUCUCCUCUUCUCUUUUCUGUUUCUCACCUCCUCUCUGCAUCCACUCUCCUGAUAAUAUUCUAAAAUGGGUAAAGAUAGAUUGAUUGAUUACCUUUGCUUCAACUGGUGACCGUUCAUAGACUCUCUCUCUCUCUCUCGUCUCUCUCUGUCUAGAUAAUUUUGACAAGGUCUGAAUCUUGCAGGUGGGCUGAGCUUAAAUGACUUCAUAGUGGCAGCCAAGAUAGAUCAGAUUCAGACGAAGGACCUGCUGCCAAGGAAGAGAGUGUGGGCGUAG